UAUCCCAAAUUUCCUAUAUUUUACACCUUUAACAUUCCAUCUUUUUCCACUUCACAUCCUAUAUUUUCCACCUUUAAUAUCUGUAUUUACCAAUCCGUAUUCCCUAUUUUAAUCCUUCACACGAACGCAUUACCUCGACUCCCCCAAGCGCAUAAAUCAAUAUUAAAUUUACAUUUAAUACCUUUUCUUUCAGAACGUGUGGACAGAAUUCCCUGGAUCGCUCCGGAAUGUAUUCGGGAUAUCGGGAACCUCAGCACGGCCUCGGAUAAAUGGAGUUUUGGGACAACUCUCCUGGAAAUUUGCUUCGAUGCCGAUGUCCCGCUGAAGGAGCGCACUCCCUCCGAGAAGGAGCGUUUUUAUGAGAAGAGGCAUCGGCUGCCGGAGCCUUCCUGCCCGGAAUUGGCCUCGCUGAUCUCCCGGUGCCUCAACUACAGCCCCGGGGAGCGGCCGUCCUUCCGAGCCGUCCUGAGGGAGCUCACCCGGCUCCAGCCGCAGCAUCUCGUGGACGUCUCGUCGGUGAAUCCUGAUUUCCCGGUGUCGGAUCCCACCGUCUUCCAGAAGCGAUACCUGAAGAAAAUCCGGGAGCUGGGAGAGGGUCAUUUUGGGAAGGUGAGCCUGUGCUGCUACGACCCCACCAACGACGGCACCGGGGAGAUGGUGGCGGUGAAAUCCCUAAAAUCUGGGAGCAGCCCCCAACUCCAGAGCUCCUGGAAGAAAGAAAUCCAAAUCCUGAAGAAUUUAUACCACGAGAACAUCGUCAAGUACAAGGGGUGCUGCAGCGAGCAGGGGGAUAAGGUGGUGCAGCUGAUCAUGGAAUACGUCCCGCUGGGAAGCCUCCGGGAAUUCCUGCCCAAACACCCCCUGAGCCUCUCCCACCUCCUGCUCUUCGCCCAGCAGAUCUGUGAGGGCAUGGCCUACCUGCAUUCCCUACACUACAUCCACCGGGAUCUGGCAGCCCGGAACGUUCUCCUGGAGAACGAACACGUGGUGAAAAUCGGGGAUUUUGGCUUGGCCAAGGCCGUGCCCGAGGGUCACGAUUAUUACCGGGUGCGCGAGGACGGCGACAGCCCCGUCUUCUGGUACGCCCCGGAAUGCCUCAAGGAAUGUAAAUUUUACUACGCCUCCGACGUUUGGUCCUUCGGGGUGACGCUCUACGAGCUCCUGACGCGCUGCGAGCCCGGCUCCAGCCCCCCGGCCAAAUUCCUGGAGAUGAUCGGAGCCACGCAGGGCCAGAUGACGGUGCUGAGGCUGAUCGAGCUCCUGGAGAGGGGCAGGAGGCUCCCGGUGCCGGGGGAUUGUCCCUGUGAGAUUUACCGGCUGAUGAAGAACUGCUGGGAGGCCGAGGCCUCGUUCCGCCCGGCCUUUCCCAACCUCAUCCCGAUCCUGAAGAAUUUCCAGGAAAAGUAUCGGAGCCAGGCCCCUUCCGUCUUCAGCCUCUGCUGAGGGAGCGGGGAAUUCCCAAAAAAUUCCAUGGAAUGAGAGGGAAAUCCCAAAAAAAUCCCAUGGAAGG